AUGUCAUUUUUGAAGUUUAUAUAUUUAAUUGUAAUGCCUCUAGGAAUAUUCUUACUUUUGUCUUGCUUAUUAAAAAUAAAAUUCUUAGUUAAAUUUAGUUAUUCUUUUUGUAGGAAAAAAAUUGGAGAUACAUCCGUAAGAAUAGUAUCAUUAAUACUAAUUUUAAAUUUUAUAAUUUUCAUCAGUGAAUCAUAUAAGUUAAGGUAUAAUGUAAAAAAAAUGUAUAAUCCAAAUGAAUUAAUAGCAGGAAUAUCUUCUGAUUAUUUAAAAUUAUACAAGUGGAGGCAUGAAAGGAAUUGGUGGAUAGGUUUAUCAAAUUUAUGCAUAUGGAUAAUAUUAUGGAGAUCAACGGGCAUAAUAAAUCAUUAUGUUAAUUAUUUGGAACAAAGAAAAAAUCAAGUAAAACUUUUAUAA